AUUUUAUAACGCCUUUCCGCGACAAUCAAAUCUCGAAAGAUAGUUUCUUAAUUUCGCUUUAAUAGAGAGAAGUUACAAAAACCUCUCUCACCUCUCUCUAGAAACCAAAAGUUUAUUUUCUCUUUCUUCCGGCGUCAGUUGCCGCCGACGUCGGAAUCUUUCUCUUCCUCUUUUAUUUUUGCUUCGCUGGAUUCUCUUGUCCUCCCUUUCCAAUAUGCUCAAAGCUCUGGAAUUUCUCGACGAAUCUGAUAAAGGAUCUGACCGCGGUGGAUCUCAGCAUGUUAGUGGUUGCCGGUGGCCCUGGAGAUCCAAUUUUUUCGCUUCUUUUCCGGUCUUCUUCGCUUGCAGUGGUAGCGGCGCGUGUGGCGAUUUUGGAGUGUUUCCUCCCUGAAUCCUUUGUUUCGAUGUGCUUCAGCGUGUGUUUGGAGGAUCUCUCAGCGCUCUCGUUUCUCUCCGGUUUGUUGAACCGGUAGCGGCUUCCGGUGUCUCUAGGGUCUCGGGUUAUUUUUUGUCCCACAUUAGUUACUACCGAAGGUGUGUUCUUCCGAAUCCAAGUCAUAUGUAAAGCACCUCGUAUCCUCUUUGCAACUCAUACCUUUUUUUUGUUUUUUUGGCUAAUUUCAAGUGUAAUAUUUGCUAUUAUUAGUUUAACAUCUGGUAUGUGGCCAUAUCGGAUCACGUGAUAUUAAUUUUAUUUCUUACGAAGAAUCAAACCAAAUGUGAACCGAAGUCAGACCGGCAAACCGGAACUCGUCGCUGUCAUCGUUUUAAAUGAAAACUAACGAACGAUGUCGGAACCAAUAAGAUUCAGAGAUGGGGGAAAUGGGAAAGGCGAUAGGAUUACUGAUAAGCGGGACGCUAGUGUAUCACCAUUGCGCUAAUCGAAACGCGACUCUUCUCUCCCUCUUCUCCGAUGUCCUCAUCGUUCUCUUGUCCUCCCUCGCCAUUCUCGGUCUUCUCUUUCGUCAACUCAAUGUCUCGGUACCUGUGGAUCCAUUAGAGUGGCAAAUAUCACAAGACACAGCUAGUAACAUCGUUGCACGCUUAGCUAAUACUGUUGGUGCUGCUGAAUCCGUUUUGCGUGUUGCAGCUACGGGACAUGACAAGAGGCUAUUUCUUAAGGUCGUGAUCUCUCUAUAUUUCCUGGCAGCUCUGGGACGGAUCAUAUCCGGUAUGACCAUUGCUUAUGCGGGACUAUGUUUGUUCUGUCUCUACAUGGCUUGUCAGAACUCUCAAUCUACCGGAAACUCUGUACUGAAUCGAACUAACAGAGAGACUUCAGAAUGAGAA